AGAGAGAGAGAGAGAGAGAGAGAGAGAAAGAGUGGGACAAUCCAGACGAGGUGUGUGGGUGGACAGAUCAAGGCUGGGGCAGAGAGUAACAGAGGAAAAGGGGAGGGUGUCCCUGGAACCUGAUCCCCUCACUCAGGCUCAAUUUGGGAAUGUGACUUUUCUCCAUGCCCUCAAACACUGCGAAAGAGAGAGAGAGAGGUUGCGGUAAGGCCCCAAGGGUUGAUCGAAAAGAGCGAGUCGGUCUGAUAACGUGUCGGAGGGGUGGGGGUUGCGAGACAAAAAAAGCAAGGGAUGAGUGGAAGAAAGAAUGGCAUGGGCAGACAAAAAAGAGAGAAGAAUACGAAAAGCAGUAAACCAGAGGAUGGAUAGAGAGGGAAGGGAAAACAGCAACAGGACGAAGAGGUCGACACUGAAGAAUUUCCAAAGGAGGCGGGGGAGAAAGAACGUAAAGUACAGUACGGGCUGAAAGGAGAGACAGAAGCCCUGUAACUGCCGCCGGAGGGGAAAGAGAUAAGCAAGAGAAGAGGAGUCUGUGUGAUCUAGUGGGAGAGCCCAAAGGAGGAAGAGGAGGAGGAGGAUUAGAAGAAGAACACAGGCUACAGUCAUCCCUCCUUCACCUCUCACCCAUAUCUCUCUUUUUAAAGUUGUGCAGCAACCCGAAGAGGAAGGAACCGUUUAUCACUUUAUCCUGUCUAGGAUCCUGAACAAACACCAAAGCAAAAGCGAUGCUGCUCGGAUCUCACCGGCAAGUUCUGCGGAUCUACCGCUCCUGAGGGACAUUGAGGGCUCCUCACCACCGAAUUGCAGAGAGAAUAUUUUGUUUUGAGGAUGCAUGAUCGUGCGGUUGUGACCUUCAUGAGUUAUGGACAAUUGUGAGGCUGAUGAAGGACUCAAACUAUACCUCAAAUUGAUCAAUUAAAGCUCUGUGGUUCGUGAAAUUAAGGAAUACUUGUGGUGUUAUUCUGUAUAGAACAGAAGUGUGGCCACGAUUUCGAUCCACGUUUUUUUAUCUGGAUUAACCAUCCACCAGGUGAUCAAGUCCAGCAGCCUUUCUCCAACUAGCAUAUUACAGUAUUUUAAAAUUGACUUAAUAUGGAUCAAUAUCUUGAUUCUGUGAGCUGAUUCAGGUCCUUCUUUAUCCGUGUUCUUCUCGUGCUAGUCCAACCAUCUAAAGUUCUUAUCUGAAGCUACGUGUACUGGAGAUCAGCGCGUCCGUCAGCGGCACCGUUUAAAAAGACUUGUCUGUUGUUGACGCAUGAUGUCUUUACGCGUCUGGACUGUGUAAAAGCCCAGCGAUCCUCGCCUUUAUUUAUGCACGCCAGCUCUCUGGAGGAAUGACCUAACAUGGAAGCGUUGACUUCUCCGCUCAUCACCAAAGUAAAUGAGCCUGGAGAGGACGCGUUGUCAUGUUUUUUUUUUCUGCUCUCCAUUUCUCAUGCGCAAGUCGGCUGACGUUUUCUCAUCAACAUCAAACAAUUCCUCUGUUUUCAUCCAAAUGAAACUUCUUUCAGACUGAAGCAACCCCCCCUCCCGAGCGCUUCGGGUGCCAAGUAUAAUGGCCCUUUCUGGUGCACACUAGCCUCGUUUCUUUCCCUCGCAGCCGAAACCUUCCUCUUGCAAAAAAAACGAGGGCCCCCCAAAAUUCUCUCAAUCAUGAGUAUCCAGGGUAUGGAACUGUUUGCCAUAGCAGUGGUCAUUAUCCUCUUCGUGGCCGUCCUUAAGCAGUUUGGCAUCCUGGAGCCCAUGUCUCUGGAAGACAGCAGCGACAGCGACUUGGAGCUGGCCACCGUCAGGCACCAACCCGAGGGUCUGGAGCAGCUGCAGGCGCAGACCAAGUUCACACGCAAGGAGCUUCAGUCGCUUUACAGGGGCUUUAAAAAUGAAUGCCCGAGUGGCCUGGUCGAUGAGGAAACUUUCAAGACCAUCUACUCUCAGUUUUUUCCUCAAGGAGAUGCCACCACGUACGCUCACUUCCUGUUCAACGCCUUCGAUCUGGACAGAAAUGGCUCCAUUCGCUUUGAGGAUUUUGUGAUCGGGCUUUCAGUGCUCCUGAGAGGCUCCGUCACCGAGAAACUCAACUGGGCCUUCAACCUUUAUGACAUCAACAAAGAUGGCUACAUCACCAAAGAGGAAAUGCUGCUGAUCAUGAAGUCUAUCUAUGACAUGAUGGGCAGAUACACGUACCCCAGCGUACGAGAUGAAGCACCGUCUGAACAUGUAGAGAAGUUCUUUCAGAAAAUGGACAGAAAUCAAGACGGCGUGGUGACGAUCGAGGAGUUCAUCGAGACGUGUCAGAAGGAUGAAAACAUCAUGAGCUCCAUGCAACUCUUUGAGAAUGUGAUCUAGAGAUAUAAAGCAGAUCCGACAAACUCCUGGGAAAAAACAUAUAACACUCUUCUAUUAUCCUAAUAUCCUCUACACCAAGUCCGCAGCACAACAACUGGCACUCCAACCUGAUCAGGACAGCACAAUGGGGGUGGGGGGGUGGUUAAAGAGAGGGCCGGGGAGGGGGGCAUGGGGGAGGAGAGGAUGAUACUGCACAGCACAAAACUAUAUGUGGAAAAAAGAACAGAAGAGGAAUACGGACGAAUGCAAAUGUAUUUACAGAAGCAAAUGGAUUUUCUGGUUUGAAGGAGAUGAGAUGAGACCUUUGUUUUUCAACUCCAGGAUGAACAGUUUUUUUUUUUUCACAGACAUUGCAGUUCCUCGAGCGACCACCGGGGGCGCCAAAGAUUAACAAAAAAACAUUUUUAAAGGAGGGAAGGGAUGGGAAGGGACAUUGGAUGGAGGAAUUGAAGGGAUGAAGUGAGAGAGGGAAGAAGAGUAGGAGCGAUGGGAUGGGGCUGGGGAAAAACAUCACCAAAAAACAGACGAAGUAAAAAAAAUAUAUCAAACUUAAGCAUGCUCAUUGAAAACGCUGUGUGAUUUUCGUGGUUUGCCUGCACUGAGAAUGACGAAGUUGUACAUUUCCUUCUUUUUUUUUUUUGUUCUGUGGGCCAGUAGACUUCUCUCUACCAGACGACACACCACUACGGGACUCGUAUGUAUAGCGUGACCCAGCGUACCUUAGCGUUUCUGCUCAAAUCUUUAUUGCACUGAUCAUCAACAAGGCAUCUACGGUACAUAUCUGCCCACGGUUGGGCUUUUUUUCUUCUGUAAUUUAAAAACAAUAAAAAAGUGGGCCCUGUUAUAGUGGAAAAAUAUUUGACACUUUAUUAAGCAUUAUUUAGAAUACAUUCAGGGAUGUCGGUGAGGAAUUGCGAGAAGAACUUCAUGUUCUUCAUCUAAUUGAGUUGUAGUUGGUACCCAUCCAUGCAGCAGUAUAAAUGUGAUCAUAUUAUUUAUUCUGGUUAUUUGAUAAAAAGAUUUCCUCUGUUGUUAUGACGAAUAAAGAAUGCACUUCUCUUAA